UAGAGAACUCGACACGAUAUUAGAUACGAUUCGCAGAUUUUAGUUUUCUUGAACUCAUUCGUUAUCUUUAUAUUUUUAACACACACACACACACACACAAAACGCUAAAAUGCAGUUCUCAGGUCUUUUUGAGAAAUUAAAACGCUUUGAUGCUUAUCCCAAAACUUUGGAAGAUUUUAGAAUUAAAACAUACGGUGGCGCAGCAUUGACCAUAAUCAGUGGUGUCUUGAUGUUUGUGCUGUUCAUGUCUGAGCUGAACUUUUACCUGACACUUGACGUCCAGCAAGAGCUUUUUGUCGACAUUUCAAGAGGACAGAAAAUUAAAAUAAAUAUUGAUAUUGUUUUUCCCAAAAUGGCCUGUGGAUUUAUAUCAUUGGAUGCUAUGGAUGUGAGCGGUGAGUCUCAGAUUGAUAUUGAUGCACACAUUUUAAAGAUGAGACUGGGUCCAGAUGGAAGCCCCAUCAGUGACACCCCAGAGGUACAGGCCAUUGGUGAAGGAAGCAAGGUGGAAAUUGCACCAACAACCCUAGACCCAAACCGCUGUGAAAGCUGCUAUGGUGCUGAGAAUGCUGAACAAAGCUGCUGUAACUCGUGUGAAGAUGUGAGGGAGGCGUAUCGCAAGAAAGGUUGGGCCUUACAAGACCCUGACUCCAUAGAACAGUGCAAGCGUGAGGGCUGGUCAGAGAAGUUGGAGGCCCAGAAGAACGAGGGAUGUAAACUGUUUGGGUACCUGGAGGUCAACAAGGUUGCAGGGAACUUCCAUAUAGCACCAGGGAAAAGUUUUCAGCAAAAGCAUGUCCAUGUGCAUGACAUGCAGUCACUGAGUGGAGCCAAGUUCAAUGUGACCCAUAGAAUCAAUCACCUGUCAUUUGGAAUUGACUACCCAGGGAUCAUCAACCCACUGGAUGGCUUGUACCAGGAAGUAGAUCAAUUGCAGUUGAUGUACCAAUACUUUAUUAAAGUGGUGCCAACUACUUACACUAAAGUCAAUGGGGAGCAUUUAUAUACAAACCAGUUUUCUGUGACUAAACACUCAAAAAGUGUUGGAGGUUUUCUUGGUGAGAGUGGAUUGCCUGGAGUCUUUUUUUCAUACGAGUUAUCUCCCAUAAUGGUCAAAUAUACAGAAAAACAAAGAUCAUUUUUACACUUUUUAACAGAGGUUUGCGCUAUUGUAGGUGGUAUUUUUACAGUUGCUAGCUUGCUGGAUUCCUUCCUUUAUCACUCAUCACGUGUUAUAGCCAGGAAGAUUGAAUUAGGAAAAGCUUCAUGAUAAAUCAGAAGACAUAAAUAUUUUUUUACAUACAAUUUUUCUUCUAUUAAAGUGUUUUAUAAUGUGAUUUUCCAUAUUUAACUUAAUUAGAAUUGUUUGAAGCAAUAAAAUGUCAAAAAUAGAAUCAGCCAUUCAGCCUUUAAAUGCCAUGCUCAAAUAUUUUUUCUCUACUCAUGUGGCAUGUCAAAUCAAUUGAACCAACUACACAUUUCAUUUUAAAGCCCUUGACCGCAAGCAAGCCAUAGUAAUGUGUUACAUGCUAUUGGUAGCAAGCAAGCCAUAGUAAUGUGUUACAUGCUAUUGGUAGCAAGCAAGCCAUAGUAAUGUGUUACAUGCUAUUGGUAGCAAGCAAGCCAUAGUAAUGUGUUACAUGCUAUUGGUAGCAAGCAAGCCAUAGUAAUGUGUUACAUGCUAUUGGUAGCAAGCAAGCCAUAGUAAUGUGUUACAUGCUAUUGGUAGCAAGCAAGCCAUAGUAAUGUGUUACAUGCUAUUGGUAGCAAGCAAGCCAUAGUAAUGUGUUACAUGCUAUUGGUAGCAAGCAAGCCAUAGUAAUGUGUUACAUGCUAUUGGUAGCAAGCAAGCCAUAGUAAUGUGUUACAUGCUAUUGGUAGCAAGCAAGCCAUAGUAAUGUGUUACAUGCUAUUGGUAGCAAGCAAGCCAUAGUAAUGUGUUACAUGCUAUUGGUAGCAAGCAAGCCAUAGUAAUGUGUUACAUGCUAUUGGUAGCAAGCAAGCCAUAGUAAUGUGUUACAUGCUAUUGGUAGCAAGCAAGCCAUAGUAAUGUGUUACAUGCUAUUGGUAGCAAGCAAGCCAUAGUAAUGUGUUACAUGCUAUUGGUAGCAAGCAAGCCAUAGUAAUGUGUUACAUGCUAUUGGUAGCAAGCAAGCCAUAGUAAUGUGUUACAUGCUAUUGGUAGCAAGCAAGCCAUAGUAAUGUGUUACAUGCUAUUGGUAGCAAGCAAGCCAUAGUAAUGUGUUACAUGCUAUUGGUAGCAAGCAAGCCAUAGUAAUGUGUUACAUGCUAUUGGUAGCUCACUUGUUACACAAGCAUCCAUCAUCAUGUGGUGAAUACCCAGAUUUUCUCUCACUAGAGAGCUGGCAAGUUGGAAAGCCAAUAACCCACUUGCUAGGGGUUUUUUUUUUAUCUUGUGUUAGCGUUCAAACAUUUAAAUUGAAUGAAGAGUGAUGUCCCCUGUUUUCAUUAUGAAAUCCUUACUUGAGCACUUUUUUUGUUUUAUGGCCUAAAGAUUUCAUUUCAGGGGGAAUACUCUUGAUCAAGUGGGCUUUUCCUUUUAUUAUCACUCUGGUGACUUGUUUUAUGCUAAUUUUUAACUUUAUUAUGUGUCAAACUGCUGUUUACAUUGUUGAAUGUAUUAUGAAUCAUUUGUUAUUUUAUUAAGUUAUAUAUACACACAUACAUAUAUACAUACAUACAUACAGAAAGAGAGAGAUAAGUAUAGAAGGCAAAUCAGUAGUUGAAUUGAAAUACUAAUGCAUGACCCUCUAGUUACCACUGAGCUCUAGAACUACAUGACCCUCUAGUUACCACAGAGUUCUAAGAUUAGUGGCCUAGUUAGAGCAUGACCCUCUAGUUACCACUGAGUUCUAGGACUACAUGACCCACCAGUUACCACUGAGUUCUAGGACUACAUGACCCACCAGUUACCACUGAGUUCUAGGACUACAUGACCCACCAGUUACCACUGAGUUCUAGGACUACAUGACCCACUAGUUACCACUGAGUUCUAGGACUACAUGACCCUCUAGUUACCACUGAGUUCUAGGACUACAUGACCCACCAGUUACCACUGAGUUCUAGGACUACAUGACCCACCAGUUACCACUGAGUUCUAGGACUACAUGACCCACCAGUUACCACUGAGUUCUCAGUUGUGCUGGAAACAUGAAGAUUGUGUCAUGUAGAUCCACCCCCAGUGGCCAUAGAUGGCAGUAAAUAUAUUUUAGUUGUACAGCAAGAUUGUAGGAAUGAUCUCAACUUCUUUUGUAACCCAUUUUUUUCUUUCUAUCUCUACCCCAUUCUUCUCCCCUCCAUUUUUUUCUUUCUAUCUCUACCCAAUUCUUCUCCCCUCCUCCUCCAGAAGUUGACACACUUAGUUCCUUCUUCAACUUCAAUCUGUACGAAUCUUGUAUACAACAGUUCAUGUCACUUUGUGGAUUAAAUAUUUACUAAUGACCAAAAUCA